GGUAGGUUUAAAUGAGUUUUCUGUGUUUAAAAUAAUUUUUAUGUUUUGUAGAGGUGAUCAGUGUUAAGAAAAUGCACUGAAUUCAAAUGUUAUGGGCUUAUAGCUGUGAACUGUGUGUGUGUGUUUAUUUGUUUUGUUUUGUUCAGUAUUUUUUAGAGCAUCCAAAAUUGUAAUUUCUUUCCAAUUUUAGUCUUAUUAGAUGCCUUGGGUAACCUAAUGUGUGUUAGACAUUCUGUCAAAUGUUCAUCUUACUUUUUCUGUUCAUAGGAAGCCAACAUAUAGUUUGCAGUUAGCUUCCUGUGUUUUUAUGUUUGGUUAGAGGAUUAACUACUAGACAAAAUUUUGAAAUAAAUAAGUUUAGAAGUAAGUGUUUAAACUGAGUGUUUAAAACAUGGAGGCCAAGCGAGUGAAGAGAGAUGUUAAAACUUUGCUUGGUGAAUAUAUUGGACAGCGACUCAGAGAAAAUGGUUUUGAUCCAAAGGGGAAAAGCACAUCUACAAUGUUUGAUGAUUUGGCCCAUUAUGACUUGGCUAUAAGUGUGGCUUUGUGGUGGCUCAAUAAAAAGAAUGCAGCUGAGAAUGAGUACAUAGGAAUUGGGAGUUUAAGACAUAUUAGCCAGUACCCUAAUCACCUGGAAAGAGAAGCAAUGAUCCUUUCUUCCUUUGCUGGAAUGCUUCUGAACAGCUUACCUAUAGAAGACAUUCUGUCUCUGUACAAUUGCAAACCAGUGGCAUCUUACCCUGAUAAUCAUGAUAAGGGCAACAUUGUUCACCCAUUCUCCCUCUCUUAUCAUCCAUUUGCUAUGCUCAGUUCAUUCAAAGCAGUAGACCACUCAAGAAAACACACCCAGGUGCUGAAACGCUGGAUCAAGGAACACAGUAAACAGGAUGUCUCUCCAGUAACAGAGACACUGGAGUCCUCCACCUCCUCUUCUAGCUCCUCAUAUAGUGAUAGUGAGGACUCCUUAAAGGAUGAAACCGCUCACUAUGAGGGCUCACAAGAAUCUCUGCAGGACUGAAAACAGCAUUGUCCUGGUUUAUUAAACAUUGCUGUCAUUACAUAUUUAACAUCCUUCCAGGUGUUUCCUUGUUUGUCCUUAUUGUUAAAAUGUUGUUUCUUUCCCGAGACUUUGUUCACAGCCAGGUAAUAACAA